AUGAACCUUCGCAGCCCCGAGGCAUUUGCUAUGUACACAUUCAAUGAUCACAUGGCCUAUGGAGCGCUCGAGGUCGUGCAGAACAUGCUGCUAGACUUUGAUGAGGCGUACAAAGCACAGCAGUGGCGUGAGGCCUUGGCAGUGGUUGAGGGCAUGGCGCUAUUUAUGCUAGUGGGUGAGGGUCAUACAAUGUGCGUGGCCGACGACGGAGAGAUGAUCGAGAAGACGGCGGCGCAGAUAACCCGGAUGGUGCUCGCAGCGCUGGCGGUCCUGGACGGCAAGGCCCAGCUUGCGGACGAUACGGACACUAAGAAUUUGGGGUCUGCUGGGGGAUACUCACCUUUCGAAUCCAAAGAUGUUCAAGUUCCGAGCGGGCAACUUGGAUUCUAUUUGCAGUCGUAUGCCUGUCGGUGUGGUAUCACCGUGCCCGGUGUGGAGGACAUCUCCAAGGACGUCGAUCUCACAAUGCCAAAGAUGAACGCCAAAGAUCCAUGGGCUUGGGCGAGGACCUUUUCGAACUACCGGCUCAUGUGUGUCCCACCUGUGUAUGCCUUCCGUGGGACGCAUAGGCGUGCCAUUGGAGGCGAUGGCUUGGACAUCUCGACAUGGAGCAAUGCGGAGCGGAGGCACUAUGCCUUCGAUAAGAAGGAUCCACUUCCGAAAGACACUGUUAAGAACCUUAAAGAAGGCCUUGUCCUUACUCUUGCCUAA